AUGUUACCCAGCUCGUCGUUUCCUCCCGUCUAUCAGCAGGACGAGGGAGGAGGCUUCGAUCCCACCAAGUCGGACAGGUACUGGGAAUCCCCGGCCACCGUCUCUGUUGUCGACGAGGAUCUUCGGAGCUGCAACCAAAUGCCGUUCAAGAACGAGUUCCAGGAGCUCCUGCCGGUUCCAAACGGGGGCAGCGGCAGCGGCAUCUUCACUCCCGGUUCCCACCACCAACACCAGCUCUUGCAACCACAGCUCCAGUUUGGAGGCGAGCAGGACGCUCCCUUUGGUUCGAUCAACGAGGCCCAGGCGAAGCAGGAGAUGCUGGCUUACCAGGCCCUGUGCCAAGCCGAGCUCAUGAGGUCGGAGAAGACGCCCCACCGGACGCAAUUCCAGAGGGAGAACCACAUCCUGGCCGAGAGGCAGAGGCGCGAGGAGAUGAACGAGAAGUUCACGGCGCUCAAAGCGUUGCUGCCAAAGUCAACCAAGAAAGACAAGGCGUCCAUCGUUGGCGAGACAAUCAACUACGUUCUUGAGCUGGAGAAGAAGCUCAAGGAGCUGCAGUCGACGGCCAACAGCAAGACUUCCCACCGUCACAAGAGACGAGCACUGCCAGCAGAAACAAAUCCCGAGAGGAGAAUAGCAACGUCGUCAAACGCAGAUCAAGGAGAGAACCUGAGCGUGAAGCCUGCAGACAUUGAGCUACAGUCAAUAGGAGGACAAGCGAUAAUCAAGAUGGUUUGCAUGCGAAGUCCAGGACUUGCCUUACGAAUUCUGGCGACCCUCGAGAGCUGCCAAGCGCAGGUGAUCCAGUCGAACAUUGCAACUCUAGGAAGCCAUGCCAUUCUCUUCUUCACUGUUGAGGUAAUAUUGAUCACGAAUAUGAUUUCGUACCUCUAUUUUUCUUUUCGUUAA